CGUAGUAAGCAAAUCGCUUUCGAAUUUGACUUUUCGAAAUAUCGAUUACUCCUAUCGGUCAGUUAAACAAAACGCACGCAUUCUAUAUUCGGUCGUAGAAGAAAGAACAGUGUUCCCGACUUCUAAAUUUAACUUUUCUUCCGUUUCGAAACUUUCUUACAAAAAAUUGAAAAUACAAGAUUGUUUUAUAUAAUCUCCUUUACAGCUGUUUUAUUGAAAACGCGCCAAAAUGUCUCACACCGUUACCGUAACGAGGACCACGACAACAACUACUACCUCAGCACUUAUCCUCAACAUUGGAUACCUGAAAACAUGGCCUGGGAUUUUCAAACUAUUCCAACUGCUGCUAGGAAUUGUGAACGUCGGUUUGGUUGGAUACUAUUACAAUGAAAGGUUCAUCACCGUUCCAGCAACGUUUUUCCUAUUGAUGGCAGUGACUUUCUUGGUCGGCACAUUUUUAAUAUUGCUAUCCUGUUUAGCAUCAAUAUCAACAGCAUCUAUCAUUGCCAAAACUUUUUACGAAUUUAUAUACCACCUGUUCGCUUUUAUACUGUACCUAGCGGCAUCUUUAACACUUCUUGUUCAUGUGAACCAGUACAAACGAUCCUACUACUACAUCUAUGACGAAUACACCGCCGCUUCUGUUAUCGGCUUAAUCAUCUCGAUUUUGUACUUGCUCAGCGCAAUCUUUGCUUACCGCAGUUAUAAAUCCGUAUAAGACGCCAUCGAUUUAAAUUAAAAUACUUUAUUGCUUAAGGCGACUAAAUUUAAGUUCGUUUUAUAAUGUCGAGUUAAGUUUUUGUUUUUAACAUAAGUGUAGGUAUUAUAUUAUUAUUUGCGAUAUGUGUUACAAGAGAAUUGCUAUAGGAUGUAGUUAAAAAGUAGUCAGUGCUUUUAGUAUUAAACGAGGAAAUAUUGUGCAAGUGCGCUUUGUAUAAAAGAAAAAUUAUAAAAGAAGAAAAGAAAUAUUUUAAAUCAAACUGCCUAAAGUGAGAUAUUGAUAUUAUUUAUUCUCUAUACAGAACUAUCUUUAUGCACUGUUAUACACAAUUAUAAUAUAUUUUAUUUUUAUGUAUAGUUUACUAUAGCAUUGUUAUAUUUUUGUAUAAUACAAGUUCAUUUAUAGAUAUACCUUUUAUUCUUGCAAAAGGUUUAUAAUAGUACAAAAUUAAGUCCACUAGUUUGAUGUUUUAAUAAAUUUGUGCGGAAUAUUGGAGACGUCUGUUUUUUGGAAAAGCUCAGGGAAGGAAUGACGUUAGCUUCUUUAGUUUUACAUAGCCCCCCUCCUCUUACAGAUAAUAAAAAUAUCAUUAAAUAUUGUGAGUCAAUGUUGCCAGUGUUGCAUUUAUUGUGCCUUAGUGUUUGCACAUCUUGUAUAGAUCCUUAAGUUAUUCUCGAUUUUAUAUUGUUUAUCCACUGAACAGAUUUUAAUAAAUUUAUUUCGCAUUUUUGCA